AUGCAGUGGCGCCUGGAGCGUGCGCCGGCGCCUCUGCAGCCCGGAAGGACCACCUGUUCCACGCCACCUAAGCGGACGCUGCCCUGGGCCAAGGACGAGCGCCCCGGCAGUGCCGCCACCAGCGCCGGCAGCGGCUCAGCCGGCAGUGGCAGUCGGCUGAACUCCACCGGUUCGGCCGAGGAGGUCUUGCAACAGCUGGGCGAGCGAGAGAAGCGCCGCGCCCGGCCGCCGCGGGCGCCGCGGCUGGCGCCGCUGCAUCCCCGUGGGGAGUACACAAAGAUGACGGGAGGUUAUCCAGGCUUUAAGGGCCCCUUUGAAGGGGAGGAGCUGCGGAGCGCCCGGCCGACGGCCCGUUCCAUGAGCGAGGAGGCCCCCUCCAGCGGCUCCAGGUGCGGCGGAACGAUCCGCGUCCGACGCAAAUCGACGAGGCCUCCGCGUCCGACGCGGAGCGUCGAGGCCUCCGCGCCCCCACAGCACCAGCAGCCUGGGCAGAGACUCGCCGCACCGGCCGAGCGCCUUGCACCAGCCGCGCCUGACGCCGGCCGCUUUGCAGUGCCGGCGCUUGGCCUCUAUGCGGCGGUUGUGACCGGGAGAGGAGGCGAAGCGAUCCAGGAGUCGUCCAACAUCUGCUGGUGGAAGAAAAUUGCUUGUUUUUUAGCACUUGCAGUUCCAAAACCCGGGCUGCAGGUAUGUACAGGUAAUUAUGUAAGAGGCGACAGAAUCAGGCGACCGACGCGAAACGCGACACGUGUCGAGCCAAGACCAGAAACAUGCUGCCAGCCACACAGGUUGCCAAGUCUUUGA